UUCUGUACUUCUGCCAGUUUCACACACUUGUGAUCUCUUGUCACCGAACCGAGCAGCCCUGAAACGCGUCUUCCCAGCCCACCGUCUGAGCACACCGUUACCUUUUGCGCACUUGAAGGAGACCUCUUCCACCCUGCUCUGUCACCUACACCUUCAUCGUGCAUUUUUUUUUAAAUGGACCUCCAAUGUUCUUCGGGACCAGCGGAACCAUAUUUUUCAGAGAAGUGAAAUUUUUCUAGCAAACAUAUUUCCGAGCCUGGGGGAGGGGAACUCCCUGGACCUGUUUCGUCUUUAAGGAUUUACAGCUGGUCGCUAGUAUUUUAUUUAUUUUAUAGAGAUGAGCUCCGCCGAUCGAGUCCUUGAUCCCGAUCCAUUGGGAAUCCACGACCCUAAAGACAACCCUGAUAUUGAUUUCGACUUUGCUGACCUGUUUAAUUAUGAGUCUUCCAACUCUCUGGAAGAAGAACCGACUCCACAUAAAAUCAACAGCCACUCUGGAGAUCCGUACAGCCAUGGUGAUGUCUCCGACUAUGGUAUCAAGCCUAGCAGUCUUCCGCAUUAUAAUUUCCCCCCACAUCCAUUGUACAGAUAUGAACAGGAUAAUAGCGUAGGGUCAAAAUUCCUCUUAGACCCUCAAAAGGUUGCUGGGGCCCGAGCUUUGAGUCCAAUGAUUAAGAUCACGCCAUCUCAUGAACUGUUUCAUUCAGGUGGUUCAUACCACACAGAUUCAGAAACAUUUUUAGAACACCAGUCAGACUUUGGUAACUCAAGAUUGCAACCUUGCUAUGACUACAGAGAUACAGCUUGCGUGAGCCCCGGCAGCAGUGCCUCAUCAACAAGUUAUAUUUCAGAGACUAAUUUCUCUCCUUGCACAUCUCCUUGCCUUUCACCAAAAAAUGGUCCUAAUGAUGACCUGUCUUCACAAUUUCAAACCAUCCGUCCUUAUUCUCCUAGAGCUCCAAUAAUGUCACCAAGGGAAGGCAACAUAGAGGAAACCUGCCUGGGACCACGUUCUCCAUCUCCUCGACCCAACUCACGGUCGUCUUCCCCAGGUGGAAAGAGAAGGUAUUGUGCUGAGGUCUACAAUAGCCACCAAACCAGUGUUUCUCCACGACAAUCAAGAUCACCAUCACCCUGUGUUCACCAAUCAGAUGAUAGCUCUUCUGUGAGUUACAGCCACCCUUCUGCUCCUUCACAUCUUAUGGAUGAUCUGGGCCUUGCUUCUGAUUCUUCAUGCGGUGUACCAUCAAAAAUGUGGAGAAACAGUCCAGAUCCUUCUCCAGUGUCUCCCCAUAAGAGCAUGCCGUGCCAUAUUUUCCAACCUCAGGAAUACCUUGGGCCUUAUGAGCAUGAAGAGAGGAAGACUUCAGAUGGAGGAUCUAUCCUGCUUAUGCCACCGACUUGGCCAAAUCAGAUGGUGCCCGCCAUGCCCUACUACAGCAUCCCAGUUGCCUCACUUCCUGCCCUGGAGUGGCCUCUGCCGAGUCAGGUUGGAUCCUAUGAACUCCAGAUCGAAGUGCAGCCGAAACAACACCAUCGUGCCCACUAUGAGACAGAGGGCAGCCGCGGAGCAGUGAAAGCCACUACCGGAGGACACCCAGUCAUUCAGCUUCAUGGCUACAUGGAGAACAAGCCUCUGGGUCUGCAGAUCUUUAUCGGCACAGCUGAUGAAAGGAUCCUCAAACCCCACGCUUUCUACCAGGUUCACCGCAUCACAGGCAAAACUGUUACCACCACCAGCUACGAGAAGAUUAUUGGACAUACCAAAGUCCUGGAGAUCCCUCUGGAGCCCAAGAGCAACAUGAGAGCGACGAUCGAUUGCGCCGGAAUCCUGAAGUUAAAAAACGCAGAUAUUGAACUGAGGAAGGGUGAGACGGACAUUGGAAGGAAGAACACCAGAGUACGCCUUGUCUUUCGAAUACAUAUCCCAGAAGCCAGCGGGAGGAUUGUUUCCUUGCAAGUGGCGUCCAGUCCGGUCGAAUGCUCUCAAAGAUCUGCUCAUGAACUCCCUCUGGUGGAAAGGCAGGACAUAGACAGCUGUCUUGUGUAUGGGGGGCAGCAGAUGAUUCUGACCGGGCAGAAUUUUACAGCUGAAUCCAAAGUUAUCUUCACAGAGAAGACACCAGACGGACAGCAGAUUUGGGAGAGCGAGGCAACAGUGGAUAAAGACAAAAGUCAGCACAGCAUGCUAUUCGUGGAGGUCCCAGAAUACCGCAGCAAGCACAUCACCUCUCCGGUGAAAGUCAACUUCUAUGUUAUAAAUGGCAAAAGGAAAAAAAGCCAGGCUCAGCACUUCACCUACCACCCAGUGCCAUCCAUUAAAUCAGAACCUCUCGAUGAAUACAAUUCUCCCAUAGUGGUCAGCAGCGCACACAGCGCCCUGGGGUCUGUUUCACAGAGCUACUACUCCCAGCAUCCAAUGAGCAAUGAUUCUCCAUCCUGCCUGGUGGCCAACUUGGUCUCUUGUCAGCAAGUACGACCCGGUCUUCCAUCACCCGAUUCUCGAUAUUCUCAACAGAGUCCAUCAGCCGCUGCCUACCAGAGGAGCAAAAGUAUGAGCCCCAGUCAACUAGGCUUUCAUCAGCCUCCCCUGGUGGCCUCGCAUAUCGCUGUCCCCGAUGUUCACAGAUCAGUUCUCGUCCACGCUGGCUCUCCUGUCCAUUCCGUGGCCAACUCGCAGCCAUCUCCAGUCAUUCAUUUUUCUCCCAUCAAUCACCAGAUGAGGUGUGGAAGCCACCAGGAGUUCCAGCACACAAUGUGCUCCGACUUCGCUCCCAGUCUGCCGCGGCCCAGCCAGACCCAGAGAUUAAGCCCCAUUCCCUACCCAACGGUAAUCCAGCAACAGUCCAGCGGCCACAGGCCUCCAAAAAGCAUCCCUCCGGGAGCAGAGCAGAAGGAAACCGCACCUUCCGGGGUCACCGUGAAGCAGGAGCAGAACCUGGACCAGGCAUAUCUGGAUGACGAGGACUCGGCAGUACUGUGGGGAUCAGUGAAGGAGCCAGAGAACGCUACGGUGUGGACGGAGAUCAACACUCCCCAAAGCCCCAUCAUAACCACUUCUGAUGUAGGCUGUACAGUGCCCGGGCCUGUGUUCUUUCAGAAGGCUUUUGGCAUCUCUCUUGACCAUGGGAACAGGGCAUUGUGCUGGCAAUUCUUUGCAGUCUCCUUGCUUGUAGAUUUCUCUGAUUUCACUUUCCCAUAA